ACUCAAACAUUUUUCGUAAAUUUUAACGUUUUUAACAAUCGAUUUGUUGUUUUUCUCUAUUUAUACUUUGUAAAUUAUGAAUUAUUGUGAAUGUUCCGUUGUUAAAAAUAUAACUUUGUCAACCUACAUAAGGUUCGAGUUGUUUAAAGUCGGUUUAUUAUACAGUGUUUACUAAAUUUUCGUAAAUGGGUGCUGGUUAAUAAUAUAUUGAUGAAUCACAAAUCAUCGCAGGGUGUUCGAUACACUCAAGUCGGUUGGGUGUGUCUGGCAAUAGGAUUAUUCAUGCAAAUAGUAUCCGGAAACUUGGUAAACAGGUCUCCCAAUCUUUUGAGCCGUCACCGCAUCACCAAAAGGUCCUUCUAUGACUUACAAUGUAAAGGAGUUUACGAUAAAACGAUUUUCGCCAAAUUAGACAGAAUUUGCGAGGAUUGCUACAAUCUUUUCAAGGAACCUUCGAUUUAUUCGUUAUGCAGGGAAGAUUGUUUUUCAACAAAAUACUUUGGAGGGUGUUGUGAAACCCUUCUUUGUGAUGAUAUAGGACAAAUCCAGGAAAUGAUAAAACAAUUAAACGGGGGAGAUGUAAUUUAGGGUAAACUGCUUUUCCGAUAAAUACUUCAGGGGUUGUGUCGAAAGCUUACUAAUGGACGAGGAAUGGCAGGAACUUGAAAAAAUGAUCGAGUUCGUCGGAAAGUAAGUUUUCGUUACUCGACCACCCAGUGCCC